AUGAGUGCCACUAGGACAAGCCAGGAUGGCCCACACAACGCAGACCGCAGGGCGAGGGAGCUAUACCGCUACUACCAGCCUGCGUCCCAACCUGACGCGGUUCCAUCAUGGCUUUCUGCGGACGAUGGCUUCCCGUUCUCUGCAAAUUCAGGAAAUACACUCACUCCGCCAAUAUCCGAAGGGUCAAUGCCGUCACGCAGUAGUGCCGCUUCCCGACCAGCGACCGCAAUGGGCCCAGAUGCUCUCAUGCUGGGCACCUCGAACAGUACCAUGACGUCAUUUGCGCAGCUGGCAGCCUUGCGUUUGAACGCCGAGCGCGUGUUUAUCGCAGUAUUAGAUCGUGAUCAACAACACAUCAUUGCCGAAGCUACAAAAUCUCUCAAUUUGAACGAUCCCGCAGUUCACGACGAAAAUGAUUACCUCUGGUUGGGGGCCCCCGACACCCGCAAGACAUGGAGUGUGUGCAAGGACACUGUUUCUCUACCCCCGAACGAUCGCGAGAAUGCAGACUAUCAAUUUUUAGUCGUGGACGACCUGACCGAAAAUGAACGCUACAAAGACCUUUCCUUCGUUGCCAAUGAUCCCAAAUUCCGCUUUUUUGCUGGAACCCCCUUGACAACCGAAAAGAACAUCAAUUUGGGUUGCUUGUUCGUGUUGGAUAAAAAGCCUCGAGAUGGGUUGACAUCGCUAGAGAAGGACACACUGGGGUCUUUAUCGAUGAUUGUGGUGGACUACUUGAGGGUUUGCAGACAGGCUUCCGAAGGACGCCGGGCCGCGCGCCUUUCUCGCGGCCUCAGCUAUUUUGUUGAAGGAAGUUCUAGUUUCGUGGAUAGUAUGGACCGGUCGCGUACCGACAGCGUCGGUAUUCCAUCAGCUACCCCGCCAUCUUCCUACAAUCGAUUGAGUGCCUCUGGUGGCUCUCGUGGCUCACCCGACUCUCGUGGGAACGGCCUAGAAAAUGCAUCGCAAGAGCCAUCCAUUAGUCCGCCGAACAAUCGAGCACUCAGCACCGACGCGCGUUCAUUUAGCUCUGUCCCGUCCGAUUUGAAAUUGGACUCCGAUUCGAAACAGAGCGGUAGUUCAAGAUUGGACGAUAGUUCCAAAUUGGACAGCGGCUCAAAAGUAGAAUCGGGCACUGUAGAGAGUUCUCUGCCAGAAUGGCUCACAAGCAGCAGCCGGAAUCGACUACCACCCGAUGAUUCGCAAGGCAACUCCUGGUGCUUCCGCAGAGCGGCCAACUUACUCCGGGAGAGUCUUGACCUGAGUGGCGACAGUGGAGUCAUCUUCCUGGAGUCCAACAAUAGCCCUUUGAUAGAUGCCGAUAUGGGGAGUGAUUGUUCCGACACAGGCGGACCUGCCUCUGUACUGUCAGCAUCAACAAAUGAAGAACCAUUUGCUCCCCAGGCAGGGUCCAUGGCCACAUGUGCUGCGGCAAAUUUGGAUCGAUCUUUCCUCCAAUUGUUGCUGCGACGAUAUCCCAAAGGAAAGCUAUGGUCUUUCCAUCGCGAUGGGCUCCUCUCGACAUCAGACGAUGAUGACCAAGAACCCCAAGACAAGGGCCCCAUUGGCACUAGUACCAGCAGUCGGUCCCCACCUAGUGUAACUGCACAACCUUCCAAGUCCGUGCGAAAACGGCGGAAAGCUGCGGAGAACUCCAUACUCAACCAGUAUUUCCCAAAUGCUGCGCAAAUCAUGUUUGUGCCCUUGUGGAAUGCUGUUUCUUCGCAGUGGUUCGGAGGGUGUUUCUGCUGGAGUACAGUCGAGACCCAGGUGUUCACAACCUCAGUCGAGCUCAGUUCAGUGCUUGGGUUUUCAUCGUCCAUCAUGGCCGAGUACAGCCGCGUCGAAUCCCUCAUCGCAGAUCGCCAGAAGGGUGAUUUCAUUGGCAGUAUCUCACACGAACUCCGUAGCCCUCUGCAUGGCAUUUUGGCCGCUGCCGAGUUUAUGAACAGCACCCAUCUCAAUGAAUUCCAGGACUCAUUACUCGAGACCGUCAAUUCCUGUGGUCGGACGUUGCUGGACACAAUGAACCAGGUGCUAGACUUCAGCAAAGUGGUAUCUUUGGAACGAACAUGGCGGUCAAUGAAACGCAAAAAACAGUCCUCGCUUGAGUACAAAGGAUCAGACAAGCUGGCGCAUCAUUUGGAUACGUUGGUGGCUACUGAUGUGGCUAUUCUCGUCGAGGAAGUUGUUGAAGGAAUAUGUCUUGGCCAUGUCUUCGGCCAGAGCUCUACUGCUUCAGCCGACCUGCCUGUAUUGAUGCCACAUCAAACAAAGUUGCAGAAUCAGCGGUCCAACGUUGAAGUUGUUAUUGAUGUUUUGUUCCGGGAUUGGGUCUACCGGACUCAGCCGGGCGCUUUACGGCGCAUCAUCAUGAAUCUCUUUGGAAAUGCCAUGAAAUAUACAGAAUCCGGCCGUGUUACUAUAUCCUUGGCAGCAUCUAGUCAGUCCGAAGGACGAUCUCGACGGCAAGGCCUUGAAGACUUGGUCACAUUAACAGUAACCGACACGGGUAAAGGGAUAUCGGAAGAGUUUUUACGCGGCAAACUUUACACGCCCUUUGCCCAGGAAGACGCCCUCGCCGUCGGCACUGGGCUUGGAUUGUCAAUUGUUCGCAGUUUGGUCAAGGCUCUAAAUGGAAGCAUUCGAAUUCGCAGUCGUCCUGGAGAGGGCACUGUCGUACAGGUGUCCCUCCCCUUGGAGAGGCCUGUUGGUAAGGAAAGUCCGGCUAUUGAACCAUCUGGACAGCUUGUUCAACAGCGAGAAGCCUUGGCUCAAACUCUUCUACUACGUGAAGGAUACUCUGGUAGACGAGUCUCCAUCUGGGGUGCCGACCCAACCGACGUGACUUUCGACUCUAACUGGUCUGAAAUUGCUCGAUACCUUUCAGACUGGUAUGAUAUGGAGAUUGUCGCAUGGACACCAGAAACCCAUGUUGAUAUUGUCCUUAUGGAUGAAACGGAUUUACCCAAAUUCCGCACCGUUGCACCUUCCGCCACCCUGCCUGCUCUUCUCGUUCUAUGCCACAAGUCGAUGGAUUACACUGGGGCAAAAUCCGAGUGGUUGCCUCUUGCUUCCUCGGUGAACAUCAUCCGGCGUCCUUGUGGGCCACACAAAUUAGCUCGAAGCGUAAUGAGGUGCCUGACCCAGGAUCAAUCGAGAUCCGUGACACCGGCUUCUGCUCAGAAAGGAUUGAGUCUACCGCUCAGGACGUCCUCGUUGCCAGCACCGUCUGCACUUGAUUCACCCGUCAUAUCCUCCUCUGAUGUUAUUAGCGCCCCGGACCUGAGCUUUCACGAAAUUCGCCCUAUGACGAUCUCACCAUUGCAACAACCAUCGAUUAUCACUGCAUUACCGGAGGAGAUUGCAGAAGCCCCCUUACCAGCCCCCUUGGUAGAGGGCGGAGUCAGCUCUUCGCGACUCGCACGAGUCCUUGUGGUCGAUGACAAUCGCAUCAACCUCAACCUGAUGAUGACGUUCCUCAAAAAGCGACAGCUGAUUGAGCUGACAGCUGCUGAGAAUGGCAAACUAGCCGUUGAGGCCGUGGAGCGCAUGCAGAGUGGGUAUGAUAUCAUCUUCAUGGACAUGUCGAUGCCUGUCAUGAAUGGGUUUGAGGCGACUCGAGCUAUUCGCUCGCUCGAGAAGGAUACGGAUGAUCGCAAGCCUGCUAUCAUCAUCGCCUUGACUGGACUCAGCAGCUCUCGCGAUGAGUCGGACGCUAUGGCUGCUGGUGUGGACCUAUUCCUCACCAAACCCGUCUCUUUUAGAGAAGUAUCACGGCUACUAGAUGAGUGGGAAAAGGAUGAGAUGACAGCAGAACAGGCAAAGUCAUUUUAA